CCGGGUACGGUGGCCGGGCGGGACCGGGAGCGGGACCGGGAGCGGAGCCGGGCGGAGCCAUGGAGGUCCAGUCCUACUACACCAAGCUGCUGGGGGAGCUGAACGAGCAGCGCAAGCGCGACUUCUUCUGCGACUGCAGCAUCAUCGUGGAGGGCAGGAUCUUCAAAGCCCACAAGAACAUCCUGUUCGCCAACAGCGGCUACUUCCGGGCGCUGCUCAUCCACUACAUCCAGGACAGCGGGCGCCACAGCACGGCCUCGCUGGACAUCGUCACCUCCGAGGCUUUCUCCGUCAUCCUGGACUUCCUCUACUCGGGCAAGCUGGAUCUGUGCGGCGACAACGUCAUCGAGGUGAUGUCGGCCGCCAGCUACCUGCAGAUGACCGACGUGGUCAACUUCUGCAAGAGCUACAUCAGGUCCUCGCUGGACAUCUGCAGGAAGAUGGAGAGGGAGGCCGUGGUGUUCUACCAGGCCGACAGCGGCAGCUCGGCCAGGGAGGGCCCCUCUGCUGGCUCCAAGGGUGCUGUCGCCGUGUCCUCCAUGCAGGAGAAGGUUCUGGAAUGCCAGAGGGACCCUCCCUGUGGGGAGUGCAGUGGCUGCCACCCGCUGGAGGUGGUGGCCAGGGACCCUCAGAGCAGCGUUUCCCCCGACGGCUGCAGGAGGGUGGAGCCCAAGGUGGAGGAGUUUGAGGCCGAGCCGGCGGCGGCGGCGGCGCUGGAGCCCAUGGAAGAGGGGCAGCCCCUGGAGCUGGCCUGCAAUAACCUGCACAUGAAGCAGUUCCUGGAGGCUCUGCUGCGCAACGGCUCGGCCCCGAGGAAGGAGGACGUGGUGCAUCACUUGGUGCGGGGAUUUGAGGGUAGGGCUGAGGAGGCCGGAGUGCCCGUGAGCUCCAUGGUGGACAUUCACAGCGACUGGUAUGGUGAGGACACAGGUGACGUGCUGGUGGUGCCCAUCAAGCUGCACAAGUGCCCGUUCUGCCCCUACACGGCCAAGCAGAAGGGGAUCCUGAAGCGGCACAUCCGCUCGCACACCGGGGAGCGGCCGUACCCCUGCGACACCUGCGGCAAGCGCUUCACCCGCCAGGAGCACCUGCGCAGCCACGCCCUCAGCGUCCAUCGCUCCAACAAGCCCAUCAUCUGCAAGGGCUGCAGGAGGACCUUCACCAACAGCCUGUCGCAGGGGCUGCGGCGCUUCGGGCUCUGUGACAGCUGCACCUGCGUCACCACCACCCACGAGGACUCCCUGCCCAUCAACCUGAGCCUGGUGGAAACGGCCUCAGAAGGGCAGGAGAAAGGAGAUGCUGACAACGAUUGGCCCAUCUAUGUGGAGUCUGGCGAGGAGAACGACCCAGCUGAGGAUGAUGAUGGCGAUGACAAGCAGGAAAUGCGGCGCGGUUUGUCCGACAGAGAGACUUUGAUGUAGCAGUGAGAGGAGAGGGGGAGCACUCAGAGGGUCCCCUGGCAGUGUCUGUGACAGAAAACUCAAUCAGUGACACUGUGCUGGUUUUUAUUAUUCUGGGGUUUUAAUUCAAUUGUGAGGAGAACUGGAUUUUUUUGGAUAUUUUUAAAGUUUUCAGUGCUGUGCACCAGAAAUCUGUGAAGAAUCUUCAGUCUGGGGCUCACAGAGGUUGGACUUGAGCAGUUUCUCUGCCUGCUGGUUUGGGGUUUGCAGGUGGAACACCUCUGGGUUGUUUUGGGGACAGGUUCAUUGAAUUAUUUCAAAUAAUGAGUCCUGGUCCUUAAUCCCUGAUCUGAAAGGGACGCCACCUUUCCUCUGAAGAUGACAUAAAAUUUGGUUUACAUCUCUUCCCUUGGGACUUUUCCAAGCUAAUCUGUGAUUCUUCUGUCUUAGGACAGUGUUAUCUAAAUGGUGAACCAUAAAUGUUUGCUGAGACUGGGUUUGACCUGGAAACCAGGGCAGAAAAACCAGGAUAACAACAAAAAACCCCACAAAAAGAUGCUGCUGCUGAAAGGAUAGACAGGAAGAAUCCAUCUCUUUCACAUAUUGCAAUAAUUUAUAGGUCAAGCUUUUCUUUCUGAAUUUUUACUGCAUCUUCCUCUCCUGAGAGCUCAGGCUGUGGAUCUUCAGCUGUGUCACUCAGAAUUCAGCAGUCUUGGCUUAAAUAUUAAACACAAAAAUGGUGUUUUAGUGGCCAGGACCAAGAGAAAACCCCAAAUUCUUUUCAGCUUUUUCCAAUAGGAGUUAAAAGCUGUCAGGCAGCUUCCUUGGGAAUUCUGACUGUGGCAGAUUGAACAACCAGAGCCACACCUGGUGUAGCUGAGGAGCAGUGAAAUAUCUGAGCUAUGCCAUAAAAAAGCUCUGAAUGCCCUUUUGGAAUAAUUUUCUUCCUCUUUUCCUGUAAUUUCUUUUCCAAUUCAGGGAUCCUCUCGUGAUUUAUGUUUGGUGAUUUAAUCCAAUAUUUAUUUUCUUAAAAAAAACCUCCACUGUGGACCUCCUGAUUCUUCGCUGGGGCAGCUAAAACUUUACAAAGGAGGUGAGAUUUUUGUCACUUUUCCAGCAGCAACUUUUUAAGAGCUAUCAAAACUCAGGCUGGGGAGCUCUGGAAGAAAACCCAGCACCAGCAGAAAGCCUGUUUGCUUAGGGGUGACCUCCUGUUCCCUGACAAGGGGACAAAAACUGAAAUAUACUGUGAAAUAAGACUGUUAAUGCUCCUUCACUCUGCUGUUCCCAAGUGUUUCACGAAAAGGCAAAUUUGAUGAUUCUUUUGGGCUGGAGCAGAAUUUUUUUUUUAGCCAGAUUUGGCUGACAAAGAGUGAGCAGUUUCCUCCCACUUGGUGCUGUUUCCUGAGGGGUUUUUGGUGUAAAGGUUUUCCCACUUGGCAAACCUAAAAAAAACCCCAGAGCCUUCUGAUUUCACCAGGGUUUGUUGUGCAUACCUCGUGCUUUUCUUGUGCACAUUGGAAAAAAAGAACAAUUCAGCUUCACCCAGCAGUGGAACUGCCCCAUUGUCAUGUCAGAUUUAUUUGUGAGAGGUGAUCCUGCUCUCAUAAAUGCAGCCAAGGGUUCAUUGCCACACCAGGUAGGAUGAGGAAAGAAGAAAUAAAGUUGUUUUUAAAGAAUUCACUUUAUUGGUGGCUGCUGCAAAGAGCAGAAGGUGAAGAGACUUCUUCUGGUCUGAUCCAAGUUAAUCUUGAUGAUUGUCACCACAUAAUGUGCUGGGAUUAUUUUCUGUCCCUUAAUUUGGGUGAUUUUCAGUCAUCUCUGCUCCAGAUCAGCUGGAAAUUUGAGUUUGUAUGAGCUGGAGCACAGGACAAGACAUUUACAGAAUUCCCUGCUCUAGAGCCCCUGGUUUAAUCAAUCUGAAUUAAGGGACAGCUCAUGGAGGUGCCACUUUUGGAGCUCCUCUGAAAUCCUGCUGUGCUUUUGGCUCCUUGGUGCUCUUGAGCAAAAUGUGGGGCUUGUAAAUCUCGCUGGGAUGUUUGGAAAAGCACCUUCCAGCCUCCCAGGGCUUGUCUUUUCGACUGCUGGGUUUUUGCUGAGUCCACCCAAAACCACAGGGUGAUACAGGAGAGACUUUCUGCCUUGAGAACCAUGGAUAAAUCUGAUUUUUUCAUUGAUGGAAGUGGGGCAGGAAUGUAAACAGGAAUCAAAUGAAGAUUGAGGAUCAUGAAGAUUCCACCUCGUUGUAAAUACUGGUAGAAGCCACAAGAGCAUCAGAAGGAGCUGGGUGAUAAAGGUGAUAAAGGAGAGACUUUCUGCCUUGAGAGCCAUGGAUAAAUCUGAUUUUUUUUUGGGAAACUCGCUGAUGGAAGUGGGGCAGGAAUGUAAAUAGGGAUCAAAUGAAGAUUGAGGACCAUGAAGAUUCCACCUCACUGUAAAUACUGGUAGAAGCCACAAGAGCUGGAGCAUCAGCUGUGCUGGAGGAUAAAGGUGAUAAAGGAGGGACUUUCUGCCUUGAGAGCCAUGGGUAAAUCUGAUUUUUUCAUUGAUGGAAGUGGGGCAGGAAUGUAAACAGGGAUCAAAUGAAGAUUGAGGAUCAUGAAGAUUCCACCUCACUGUAAAUACUGGCAGAAGCCACAAGAGCUGAAGCAUCAGCUGAGCUGGGUGAUAAAGGUGAUAAACCACAGGGUGAUAAAGGUGAUAAAGGAGGGACUUUCUGCCUUGAGAGCAAUGGAUAAAUCUGAUUUUUUUUGGGAAAGUCACUGAUGGAAGUGGGGCAGGAAUGUAAACAGGGAUCAAAUGAAGAUUGAGGAUCAUGAAGAUUCCACCUCACUGUAAAUAUUAGUAGAAACCACAAGAGCAUCAGCUGAGCUGGGUGAUAAAGGUGAUAAAACCACAGGGUGAUACAGGUGAUAAAGGAGGGACUUUCUGCCUUGAGAGCCAUGGGUAAAUCUGAUUUUUUCAUUGAUGGAAGUGGGGCAGGAAUGUAAACAGGGAUCAAAUGAAGAUUGAGGAUCAUGAAGAUUCCACCUCACUGUAAAUAUUGGUAGAAGCCACAAGAGCAUCAGAAGGAGCUGGGUGAUAAAGGUGAUAAAC